AUGAAGCAUCUUUGGCUCAUAUUAGCUUUUCUAUUAGCUUUGGCGACUUGCAAAGCUCAUGAAGAAAUUACUUGCGAAGAGAACCCGCCAUUCACAUGUGGUCAAACUGAUCGUUUCAACAGUAGCAGUUUCGAUAAAGACUUCAUCUUCGGUCUUGCAUCUUCUGCUUACCAGGCAUGUACCAUAAAUCGUGGACUUAACGUUUGGGAUGGCUUCACCCACCGGUUCCCCGAUAAAGCUGGACCCGAUCAUGGAAAUGGAGACACUACUUGUGACUCAUAUUCGUAUUGGGAGAAAGAUGUUGAGGUGCUGGACGAACUCAAAGCUAAUGGCUACAGAUUCUCCAUUGCCUGGUCAAGAAUCAUUCCAAGAGGAAAGAGGAGCAGGGGAGUGAACCAAGGAGGUAUUGACUACUACAACGGACUCAUAAAUCGCCUCCUCGAAAAGGGUAUAACGCCUUUAGUUACGCUCUUUCACUGGGACGUUCCUCAAGUACUACAAGAUGAUUAUGAAGGUUUCUUGGAUCGCCAGAUCAUAGAUGAUUUCAGAGAUUACGCGGAUCUAUGUUUCGAAGAAUUUGGUGAUAGAGUACAGCACUGGUUCACAAUCAACCAGCUCUACUCAGUGCCUACGAGAGGCUAUGGAUCAGGAUCAGAUGCACCUGGUCGAUGUUCUCCAAAGCUGCAUCAAGGAGGUAAGAUUGGACCGGUGAUGAUAACUAGAUGGUUUCUUCCAUACAAUGACACUGAUCGAGACUGCAUAAAUGCAACCAAGAGGAUGAAAGAAUUCUUCUUGGGAUGGUAUAUGUUCAUGGGGCCACUAACAAAUGGUACAUACCCUCAAAGCAUGAUAGACACUGUGGGUGAUCGGCUUCCAUCGUUCACUCCAGAGGAAUCCAAACUCGUAAAGGGUUCAUAUGAUUUUCUUGGUCUCAACUACUACUACACUCAAUAUGUCCAGCCAAGUCCAAGUCCUAAUCAUGUUGAUUGGGAUCGUCACACUGCCAUGAUGGACGCUGGCACAAAGCUCACAUGUAUCCAUCUAUAUAUUUUCACUUACAUCUAUUACUACCCAAAAGGCAUAUACUAUGUGCUGGAUUACUUCAGAACCAAUUACAGUGACCCUUUAAUCUAUAUAACCGAGAACGGAUUCAUUACUUCCGGUACUGAAACCCGUGAGGAGGCUAUGCAUGAUUCAAAGCGGAUUGAUUAUCUCUGCAGUCAUCUCUGUUUUCUCAGUAAAGUCAUCAAGGAGAGAGGUGUCAAGGUGAAAGGAUACUGUGCGUGGUCUCUUGGGGAUAAUUAUGAAUUCGGAAAUGGAUUUACCGUCAGAUUCGGACUCACUUACAUUGACUGGAAUAAUGUCACCGAUAGAGAUCCCAAAGACUCUGGCUUAUGGUAUAAGAAGUUCAUUACCACCAAGAACCUUGCCAAGAAAGAUUUUCUGCGCUCCAGCCUCACCUUUGAGAAGAAGAAGUUGGCAGAUGCGUGAAAGAUCCAAUCCACUUUGUUUACCUCAUCAAGAUCAUCUUCAUAUCUCCUCUUUCUACUUGCUCCAUAUGUAAGGAGCUACGUAUACCUACCUUUGUGUACUAAAUAAAGAAUCUCAAUAAUAAAAUAAGAUAUGGAGCAUUGUGAUGAGUUUAUAUUCUCUUAUAUAAAACACCGCGUUUGGCC